AUAUAUGGCUUAAUGAUAACAAACUUACAGGACCGAUCCCUCAGGAAGUGGGAAUGCUUAAAUCACUUAUUGACCUUUCUUUGCAAAUCAACUUUCUAACAGGUCCUAUACCUGCCUCUGUUGGAAACUUGAGCAAUUUGAAUAUCAUAAAUAUAUUUGAAAAUCAACUUUCAGGAACUAUUCCUCAGGAAAUUGGAAAUCUGAAAUCCCUUUCUUACCUAAAUGUGCUCUCUAACAAAAUCACCGGCCAAAUCAGUCCGAAGCUGAAUAAUCUAACUUCAUUAAUUUCAUUGCAGUUGAGAGACAACAUGUUUUCUGGCUUCCUGCCACCAAAUAUGUGUCUUGCUGGACAACUUAAGUUUUUGGGUGCAGAUCACAACAAUUUCACAGGUCCAAUACCCAAGACCUUGAAGAACUGCACUACCCUAGUUAAGCUUCGACUUAAAGGGAACCAACUUACAGGAAACAUAUCAGAAGAUUUAGGCUUAUAUCCAAACUUGGAUUAUAUUGAUCUGAGUUUCAAUAAAAUUUAUGGGGAAAUAUCAGAAAAUUGGGGGAAGUUACAAAAUUUAACAAGCUUGAAACUUUCCAACAACCAAAUUUCUGAUAGCAUACCAACUGAGAUUGCCAAAGCAACUCAAUUGCAGGAGCUUGACCUUUCCUCCAAUGAACUAGUCGGAGAGAUCCCAAAAGAAUUGGGCAAGAUGCCAUUAUGGGUUCUUAAGUUGAAUAACAACAAGCUUUCAAGUAAUAUUCCUAUUGAACUUGGAACGUUGUCUAACUUGGAGCAGCUUAACCUUGCAGCAAAUGGCCUACAUGGAUCUAUUCCUGAAGAACUAGAACAUUGUUCAAGGCUGAUUUUCUUGGAUUUGAGCUGCAACACACUCAGCAACAACAUCCCUUUUCAGAUUGGCAAUUUACGCACUCUUCAAAGUCUUGACCUGAGUCACGAUAUGCUUUCAGGAGAAUUGCCAAACAAGCUCGGAUUUCUGCUUAGCUUAGAAAUAUUAAACAUCUCACACAACGAGCUUUCUGGUUCAAUCCCGACAACAUUUAGCCAGAUGGUGAGCCUUACAAAUGUUGAUAUAUCCAACAAUCUAUUGGAGGGUGCUCUCCCAAAUAUUCAAGCUUUCGUCAAUGCAUCAACAGAAAUGCUAAAGAAUAACAAAGGCUUGUGUGGUAACAAUACCGCCUUGAAUCCAUGCCACUCAACAUCUAAAGGGAAGAACAGCAAGAGAACAGUUUUACUAAUCACGGCACCUAUUUUUAGCACUCUAUUGCUAUUAUCUAUCAUACUUUGUUUGAUAUAUGUCCCUUUCAGAAAACAUGUGAAUAAAGAUGAACUAGUAGAAGCAACUAUUGAAAAUUUCAUGACGAUAUUGGAUUUUGAAGAUGGGAAGAUGAUGCAUCAAAACAGCAUUGAUGCAACCGAGGAAUUCAAUUCCAAGUAUUGAAUAGGAAUUGGAGGAACUGCAAAAGUUUAUAAAGCUGAGUUGCCAACUGGUCAAGUUGUUGCUGUCAAGAAACUUAACCAAUCAGAAGAUUAUGGAAUGAUUAAUCUCAGAGCUUUUAAAAAUGAGAUAAAUGCAUUAGCACAAGUGCGACAUCGAAAUAUUGUUAGAUUUUAUAGUUAUUGUUUGAACCCAAGACACUCAUUUUUGGUGUAUGAGUUCUUGGAAGGAGGGAGUCUGGCGAAGGUACUACGAAAUGAGUCAACAGCUGCAGGAUUGGAUUGGAUUACAAGGGUGAACAUUAUUAAGGGAGUAGCAAAUGCUUUAUAUUAUAUGCACCAUGAAUGCUUUCCUCCGAUAAUACACAGAGACAUAUCAAGCAAUAAUGUUUUGUCGGAUACGGAUUUUACUGUACGUGUUUCUGACUUUGGCACAGCCAGAAUUGUGAAACCUAACUCAUCCAAUUGGACUUCAUUUGUAGGCACAUUUGGAUACUCAGCUCCAGAGCUUGCCUUCACGAUGGAAGCAAAUGAGAAAUGUGAUGUGUGCAGCUUUGGAGUUGUGACAUGGGAAGUGAUCAAGGGAAGGCAUCCAGGGGAUCUCAUUUCGUCAAUAUCAAUUUCAUCAUCUGCCCUUCAAAUUUUAUUCAAGGAUGUGUUGGACCAACGCCUUCCUUCUCCUACAAAUGAAGUAGCAGAGGAAUUGGUUAAUAUUGCAAGGCUAGCAUUUUCUUGCCUUGAUGCUAGUCCAGAGUCGCGGCCAACAAUGCAACAAGUCUCUCGAACUUGUCGACUGGAAUUCAGACACUUUCAAGACCAUUUCACAAAGUACAGUUAGCGGAACUGCUUUGAUUUUUGCUUCUUUGUUUGGUUUGCAUCAAUAACUCAUCUCCAGCUUUCACCAUUACAAGCAGUUGGAGUUUCUAACCUCCUUCCAGAAACCAGAAUUAGGCAGACUGGUUGCAAUGGUGAAUAUCACUUUUGCCGUUAGUUCAAAUUAAAUGUCCUUAUUUUAGAGAGUUUUCACAUAAAGCAAAAAUAUACAAUUUCACUGCUCUUGGCUUGCUACUUGUAGUACAGACAAUAUCCUCAGCCAAGCUUCUCCCUUUAAAGGAAAAGAAACAAUCUUUACAGAAUUUGCAGACAUUUAACAAGACUAACACACGUGUAAUACGGUUAUCACAACCAUAAAGUAACAGUUAAAUUUUCCUAAGCACCAACUAAAGAUUCAUAUCGCAUACACCGAGAAACAUUUCAAGGCAGUUACUCAACAAAAUGGCCCAAAAACAACAAGCAAGCACAAUUUUUAUAGAGACCAUCCAGGAUUAAAAGAGAUAAUUGACAAUGUUCAUCAAAUCACCAGGCUUGAGCUCCCAAAACUUUAUUUAAAUCAUUUCAACAGUUCAAAUCGGAGAUUAGGAACCUAUGUACACCCAGCAUUGAGAGGUGAUUGCUUAUGUUGCACUCCUUGAGACUUCAUAAUAACUUGAUAAAUUAAUCACACGAUCAAACAAGGAUAAAAGUUCAAAACCCAUCAUUAAGAUUAGUGGUAAAAUAAUCAGCAGUUUACUCAGGGUAUCUCAUCACUUUUCAACGACAUGAUACUUGCAGAUUCAAGGAUGAAUCCACAAAAAUUUCCCUACUGAAAAUCCAUUUCAAGUGUCUAAUAAACCAAAAGCAGCAAUUUUUGAAGGAUUGCAAGUUUAACCAAAAAAGUGAUUA